CCCCUCUGGCUAAUGCACCACAUGCUAACAAGGCAAAUACAGAGGUGAGUCAGUCCUCAGUGAAGUUUGUUCAAUGUUCAUUACGUUAGAAUUACUUCUCUUAUCAAUUACUGUCUUAAAUGCUGUUUACUAAUGUAGACCAAAGAUUUGUAGCCCUUGUGCCAUGAGCCGAGGGGCUGUGAGUGAGCAGAUUGUGAAAUUAUUGUUUUUAUUACAAGUUUGACUCUUUCUGCAGCCCUAAUGGAAGCGAGCAGCAGAGUGAUGGUGCAGGUGUUGUUGUUGGCGUUGGUGGUUCAGGUCACCCUUUCCCAGCACUGGUCCUAUGGAUGGCUACCAGGUGGAAAGAGAAGUGUGGGAGAGCUUGAGGCAACCAUAAGGAUGAUGGGUACAGGAGGAGUGGUGUCUCUUCCUGAGGAGGCGAGUGCCCAAGCCCAAGAGAGACUUAGACCAUACAGUGUAAUUAAUGACGAUUCCAGUUAUUUUAACCGAAAGAAAAGGUUUCCUAAUAAUUGAGGGGCUGCAGAAAGUGGAAGAAGAAAAGGAAGUAGAGAAGCACAGACUGCCUUUGUAUCAGCAUCAAGACCCGUGGUACUGACUUCAACAAAUCAUAUUUAUUGCACAAACGUCAAGUAAGCUCUAUGUAUGUCUAUAAUAUUUAAAUGCAUUUCAAAUUGUAAUAAAGUUU